AUGCGCACAAUGGUGUUCGAUGUGGCUGACGGGUGGCUCCCGAACCCACUCUGGCGCACACUCAAGGCCGUGUACGCCUGCCAGGCCGCGGGCGUGCUCCUGAACGGUAUGUAUGGCGCCUACGUUUUCGCCGCGCAUCAACUCGGGCCCCUCCAGACCGCACAAGAUGUCGAACAUAAACUCAGACAUGUUUUCGGCCUCCACACCACCGCCCCCGAUCUCUCUUUGGCGCCACCGCGACCCCCGCCCAGACCCAAACCGCGCGGCAGACGCCGUCGGAAACCCACCAACUGGCGGUGA